CAACUCUGUAGUCCCGCCUCAGCCUCAGUAAUCGAUGACAACGCCAACUACGAUGAGGUGUCGACCUCCACGAGGUCCGCGGUCCGUCAGAUUCGAUCCCGCCGCGUUCCUGGCCCCUUUGACAUCACGAUGCUUGUUGCACGACGUGGAUCUGCUUUGGCUCGCAGCCUCUCGACGCUUUCGUUCGCUCCUCCACCUCCGGUGCCACCUCGUCGUGUAGUGGUCACUGGCUUGGGUACUGUGACUCCGUUCGGAGUAGGCGUAGAACGCGCGUGGGAGCGCGUUUUAGACUCGCAAUGUGCCAUCCAGUCUUUGGACAUGCUCGUGGGCUCGGGACUCAAUUGCACGGUGGGGGCGACGGUGCCCAGAGAUGAUGGAGAUGGAGCAUUCCACACAAAGGACUGGGUUAAUCCAAAGAGCUUCCGCGCUCAGGAAGUAGACCAUGUCGCUAUGGCACUCGCUGCAGCUAGUGAAGCUUUGAAGGACUCGGGGUGGGAUCCCCAAUCGGACGAAGAGCGUGAACGAGCGGGUGUGGCUAUCGGUGCUGCUUGCGGCAACAUUCAGGAGGUCAUGAACGUUGGCGAACUCAUCAGAGAGAAGAAAUUUCGCCGCGUUACACCAUUUUUCGUGCCUCGCAUUCUCAUUAACCUGGCAGCAGGUCACGUGAGUAUUGAGCACGGCCUGAAGGGUCCGGUCCAUUCUUGCGUAACGGCGUGUGCUACUGGUAGCCACAGCAUCGGAGAUGCCGCUCGCUUCAUUCAACACGGAGAUGCAGACGUUAUGGUUGCUGGUGGCACAGAACCUACCAUUAACGAGAUGUCGAUCUGCGCUUUCGAUCGACCGCGAGCUCUGUCUACGAAGUACAAUGAUCGCCCGAAAGAAGCAUCGCGGCCGUUUGACUCGAAGCGCGAUGGCUUUGUCAUGGGCGAAGGCGCUGGAAUUGUCGUUCUCGAGGAAUAUGAGCACGCUAAGAAGCGUGGUGCCCGUAUCUACGCAGAGCUGCGGGGCUAUGGUCUUAGUGGAGAUGGUAGCCACAUCACAGCUCCUCUACAGAAUGGAGAUGGAGCUCGUAGAGCUAUGCAGUCAGCGGUUGCACAGUCCGGACUUGCGCUGUCCGAUAUUGGCUAUGUUAACGCAUACGCUGCGGGUACUCCUCUGGGUGACCGCGCUGAAAACGCGGCCAUCAAAACCCUGUUCGGAGAGCACGCUGACAAGCUUGCAGUAUCAUCCACGAAGGGGUCCAUCGGCCAUCUACAAGGUUCGGCUGGCGCUGUGGAGGCCAUCUUCGCGAUUAAGGCUCUGUACAACAAUGUGAUGCCUCCUACGCUCAACCUGACAGAGACGACCAAGGAGUUCACGCUCAACUACGUACCGAACCAACCACAAGAGAAGGAACUCCACGCUGUCAUGUCCAACUCAUUUGGAUUCGGAGGGACCAACGCUAGUCUCCUGUUUGCCAAGUAAUCACCACCCGAUCAAACCAUUCAAUACGAAACUUGUUUACAACUUCAA